AUGCAAGGCAACAUCUUCUUCUUCUCGCGCUUCUUUGAUCCGGACCGGGUGGAGCAGACACAGAUUCAGAUGUUGCUGAAGUCAUCUUCCAUCACCAUGCAAAACCACGUGCUCUCUGUCUUGAAGCUGAAUCCCUCGAAUGUUGCGUUUGAAAGUGACUUGCGGGCAAUUCUCGGCCAGACCGUGGAAGAGUCAUCGGGAGGCGCGGCCAUCCCUCGCCGUACCAUUGGGAAGAUCUACCAUCGGAUCAGAGCAGAUCUGGUUUCCAAGGGGGAUGUGGAAUGUGUGCGCGCCUGGGAUCCCAAGACCUCGAACUUGAGAGAUGCCUUGUGCAUCCCAGGGAAGGCUGCUGGCACACAGAAAGUGGAGCCAGUCCUGGCGAUCACGGAGGGCAAAGAAGACGAGAGGCCCGCAGUGCAGCGCCAGCGGGGAGUGGCAGACCACCUCCCAAGUUCCCUCCCCGUGCCACCAGCUUCCAAGGCGACUCUCCGGGUGGCGGGACGCUCAUUUGCCCAACAAGCCGAGGACUUGAUCCGAUGUUGUAGUAAGAUUGGCAACGGCAUCACAAGCCCCGAGAUUGCAGACAAGCUGGGGAUUCGCCGCAAGCAUGGUGAGCGAGUCUUGAGCGAUCUUUUGAAGCGCCAGCGGGUGACACGAAUAUUCGAAAGUGAUGGGAAGACUCACUUGAACCGCUACUUUGAUGCAGUCACACACCAGUCUUUGAAAAGGACUUUGCCCAUUGAAGAUGGAAGGCCACCAAAAGCACGCAAAACUGCCGACAAGCCUGCUGAGAAGCGUGUUGAUGUAACCUUUACCCGACGGAAGCAACGUAUUGAAGUCUUGCUGAAAGAGCGAGGUGUGUUGACGCCUUGUGACAUCAUAAAGCUCGCAUUAGAUGAUGAUGCUUUGGGCAAGAUGGACCGCAAGACGCCUGGCAAGAUCUUUCAAGAGAUUGCAGCUGCAGACAGCAAGGUUGGGCUCACGCUCAGUGAGGCGGACAAGGUCCAAUUCGCAUUUUGGAAGCCGAGUCAUUCUGAAGAAUCUGCAAAGCAAGUGGUGGAUGCUAACAUCAAGGCUCAGCAUGACGCGCGCUUCCAGAAGCUUCGGCAUGCACCACAACUUGCACUCACUGAUGGGGUGGCAGACGUGCCGGCGGCAGCGGCUCCGCCAGCAGCUUCCCCUCGCAGCAUCAGCAGACGAACCUUGGCCAAAGACAUUACGGCCAAGGAUGGGAAUUUGCGGCGCUUGGGAGGCUUGCACAUGCUCACAACCCCACAGAAGACCAUCGACCAGCGCAUUUUGCAGCAUUACGGUUUUCAGACCGCUGUUGUUGCACGACUUCAGCUACUGCAUGGGUCGCUACUGCGAAAGAGUGACUUUGAUUUUGAUGCAUGGUGGACUCCUUCAAAGAUUGUUGAUGACAUGGACUUGCAUGUUUUCCUGCAGGUGGUUGGGUGUGGAGCGUAUUGCCAGCAACUGGAAGACAUUCUGGUGAGCGGCAAGAACCCUGUGGUUCGGGAGAUGCCAGAGGAGUUGCGGAAGAUCCUUCUCGGGCGCAUCUCGGCCUCCGGAUCGCUUCGUGCCUUGCACACGAUUCGCCGCCAUAUGGCGCAAUUAAUGAAGAUGGGUCUAGCAACAUCGGACGAAGAUCCCGGAGCCAGCAGCGUAGCCCCGAUCAGGUACCAGCUUGCCCGCAGGUUGCAAGUGCCAACUUUUGCUUCGUCCGUUCAAGAGGCUCCAUCCUUCGCUGGGAGCUUCGAUUUGGCCGAGCCCGGCGCCGUUGACGCUUAUUGGAGCUGCUUGCAGGAGCAAGUGAACGCUUGGCGGGGCGCAAGCGGUACACAAGCUCGAGAGGAUGGUAGUGAUUCCUCUGAGGCAGAGAAGCGCAAGUCCCGGGCACCCGUCACCUUGCCCGUGAACGCCAUGCUUCCGGAACUGUUCAAGACACGAAACUGGAUCCAUUGGGAGUCAGCAUGGCUGGGUCCACACCAGCGGGCGGCCAUGAAUGAUUUCUACAACGAAGCUCACGCCGGGCAAAGCGGGGAAGCUGCGCGCGGUCCCGGACGAGUCUUUACACCGAAGUCGCCUGAGAUCAUGGCCUUGAGCCGCCGUAUCCUGGUUGCCCCAGACAGGAUCAUCAAGUACUGCCGCCAUUUGCUUGCGGUCUGCCCCCAUCCUUCAGGAGCCUCUGUUGAGUUUUCAUCAUUGCUUGCCGUUCGAUUCAAGUGUCAUAUUUGUGGGUAUCUCUGCUACCAGAGUACAACCAUUGCAGAACAUUACUCGAAGACACAUUCCGAGCCAUUGCCCGACGAUGACAGCAAAUUCUGUGAGGCAGACUUUUACGCUCAGCGUUUGGAGCAAGCCCGGCCAACAAGAACCGACGGCAAGCAGCGUUGGCGGAGAAGGCGGUUGGACCGUGUUCUGAUUCAACCAUGGCCUGAAGCUGGCAACGCGGAUGGCGAUGAGGAAGACUGGGGCGCAGAGCCAGCAGACGACUCGACUUGGCUGCAGCUUUUGGCUUUUGCGGAGACUAUGGUUUGCGCUGAGCACCAUGCGAAGGGUGAGGUUCUGCCAAAGCGACCUGUUGGCAGCGAGGCGAGGACAGACGCCUCAACAUGGCCUCUACUUACACGGCUGUCCGGUCGCUCAGCUGCGUACUGUCGAAAUCGAUUGCGAGGACUUUUGGACCGUGAUGUGAAAAACCGGCGGGCUGUGGCCGCAAUCAGGACUGCUGAAUUGCAAGCUGAGGGCACGCUGACACUUCUCGGGAUCAAGGGGAGCAUGGGCCGUGCUAUUGCAAAGUGUCUUCUGUUCACACCGCAUGAGGUGACAUCAUUUUGGUGGAAGCCAGGAUUUCUCAAACCAGAUGUGAAGAACAUGCUGAACUGUGUGCUGCGACAGUGGCAAUGCAAUGGAUUCGUCAGCAAGUACAAGGAAACCAUGUUUGGAAAGAAGAUGCCCAGGCGUGCAAGACCAUCAUGGCUAUUGACAUGGUUUAGUCGGAGUCGCUUAUUUGGCAAGGGGAAUGAUGUCCCCCGAUGGAACGAUGUGCUUUGCAUGCUUGCCACUUCCAAGCAGCCUCCCAGCCACAUGCUGCCCGAGUCAUCAGACGGUGCUCAGCUCCUGAUUCUUUCUGAUGCCGUAGCUGCCAAUGCUGCCACUCUUUGUGCAGUUUGGGGGGAUGAUGACUUUUACAAGCAAGCUGUUUCUCGGCCACCCUCCUGGCACUCACAGGUUCAAGACAACUCAGAUGAGGAUGAAGAAGAGGCUGAGACGAGCCAAGCUUCAAGGCCCAGUGGGAUCCAGUCGCACCUGCAGGCGACCAGCGACGAGCCGACGCUGCAAUCGAUGCGUGUGCUGUGCGGGCCCUUGAAAGCGAACCCCGGGCUGGCCGCUUUCUUGAGUUGGCUGAUGCUGCGGGAGGAGGAGAGCGCCAAGAUUGUGGGCGAAGGGGUCGAGCCGAUCAAUCCACAGAUGGCCUUUUGUGCGAGGGCCGACGAGAAAGAGGCAAAGGAGAAUUCGAAUGGCGAGGAAGGCGAGGAAUCCGAAGAUGAAGCAGUGCAGGGUGUGGCAGCAGGCAACGCUGCGACUGCUGCAGAGCCGGAGCCACCCAGUGGAUCAGGUGGGUCUGGACCUGACCCGCUUCAAAAGGUGCCUUUCACUUCGUUACAGGCUGCUUUCCAUGCAUAUGCGCGAGGCUUGAUGGGUCACUUGCCCAAGACAUCUUCGCAAGAACUGCUGGAUUCAGCUGCCUUUCUAUUGAAAACAGUGGCUGACGCAAAGGCUUCUCGUGAUGGUAGCGAGGGCGGUUCAGAGCUUUUACCAGGGCUGGCUUUGGCUGAGCUGCAGGAAGUGCACAGGCAAAAGUUUGGCGCAAGCACUUCGCCAGAAUCGAGAUUCAGUGGGGCGAUGGCUUGCCUGGAGGAUCUUAGGCUUUUGACCCCGAUCCCAUGUGGAGAUGACUUUCGGCCCAUUCUGGCCUGUAUCGCAGCCCCAUAUUGCGUACGCCAUGUUGAGGAGCCAGCAAGGGCCCCGAGCAAACUCGCUUUGGAUUUGGUGGCCAGGAUGAAGGUUGGCAGGCACUGGCUGCACCCAUACGGCAAAGGAGGCUCGAACCCGAAGGCUGCGGCCUGUGUGAUUCACGUGGCUUUCGGCUCGCUGGAGGAAAGUGGGAUGCUGCUGGAGCGCUGGCUGUUGCCCGCCAACCUGGUAGCACCCUGUGCCUGGGUGAGCGCCAAGGGGCAAUUGAAUGUUCUUGUCCUACGCUGCCUGCUGUCACGACUGCUGCAGCUUCUCAUGCGCAACCCCCUUUCCACGGCCGCAGAGUUGACACAGCACCUGGCUGUCCUGGACAUCUGCGAGGUGGAGUACCUUCUCGAGUUGGCGUCUGGCGUGGGAGCGGUGGCAGCCGGGCUGCAUUUAAUCCGAACAGGCCCAAAGAAGGACUUGAAGGGACGAAUCAAAGGCUUUUAG